AUGUCGUGGAUUCAAGCCAAAAAUCUCUUCACACACGCGCUGUCCCCUCGCGAGCGCGCACGCCGUGCCAUCAUCCAGGCCUUCCGCGGCGGCAUCACGCAGCUCGUUGCAACGCGUCGCUGGCCGCGCGCCACCCUCGCGCACAUCCCGAGCAACGAAGACUCGUCCCAGGCGCACAAGGCCUACUUUGCCACCCAGCAGCAGCCGCUCUCGUCCACCAUGCAGACUGCAGCGACAAGCAUUCCUCACACCACCACCACCACCACCGCCGACCUCGACGCCGACGAGCAGGCACACCGCGCUGCCACCGAAGCGCUCCACGUCCAGGCCACACAGGCUGCACAGCGCAUCACUGUUGCUGGGCUUGCCCUGAACGUGACCCUGUCGACGGGAAAAAUCGUCGUCGGCACUCUGGCUCAUUCUGCCGCCAUGAUUGCAGACGCGGCCCACUCUUUUACCGACCUGGUGUCGGACUUUACCACGCUGGCAGCCGUGCGAUACUCUCGCCGCCCACCCAGCGCAGCAUUUCCAUUCGGCCUCGGCAAGCUCGAAACGGUCGCGUCACUUUUCGUGUCGGGCAUGCUCAUGGUCACUGGCGGCGGCUUGAUUGCCCACUCGCUGGACAUUAUUGCCAACCCCGCGCCUCCUGCGUCUGCGCUGUUGACCCAGCUCGCCCUUGGCACUGCAGUCGUGUCCAUUAUCAGCAAAGAGCUCAUCUACCGUGUGACCGUCCGGUUGGGCAACACGUUGAGCAGUCCUGCGCUGAUUGCCAACGCGUGGCACCACCGCAUCGACGCCUACUCGUCAGUUGUUGCUCUCGUCGGUAUUGGCGGCCAGGCGCUGUCUGUGCCGAUUCUCGACCCGCUGGCAGGCAUGCUGGUUGCCGCCAUGAUUUUCAGAACCGGCCUGAGCAUUGGCAAGGACAACAUGAAGGAGCUUCUUGAUGGUUCUCUCUCCCCCGAAGUCCUUGCCCACCUGUCUUCCGCGGUCGACACGGCAGCAGGGAGCGUCGCCGGUAGCGCGAGCCAUCUCCGUGGUCGUCACGCUGGUCCGUUCAUUGUCGCCGACGUUCGCCUGCUGCUACCCGCUCAUACCGAUCUUGCCGCUGCCCAACAGCGCGCCCACACGUUCCGCAACGAAGUGAUUGAGCGAGUUCCCCACUUGCGCGAGCUGUUGAUGGCCCUGUCUCAGCACAUUCGCGGGGCUGAUCUGUCCAAGCUGCACGCGUUCGUGGACUGUGCUGGCCAGUCCAACCACGACCAAGCGUCUCGCUACAUUCUCUACUCCAAGCUGACCGACGGACGCUCGGAGCACGCCGUGGACGAUGGCGCCAGCUGGACGCUCUGCAUGACGGACGGAUUUCAGGUAUGGACGGUCGACAUGACUCUCGCAGACGCGCAAGAGCACCGCGAUCUGUUCCAAGUCAGCUUUGAGCGGUACUUUCAACAUAUUCGCACAAGCAUGCUCACAAGUCAAGUCAAAGGAACGGUUUCGCCGGGUCGGGAUACCAUCCAACUCCAAUUGCCACCGCUGGGGAGCACCCCGCGCGAGGUUGGCAACGCAAUGACAGAGCCCGUCGUCCUCCAACUCAAUGCGGUCGAUGAAGGACGCGGACAAGUCCAUCUAGCAGAUAUGCUCAUGGGAAUCGCACAGCGCUGCAACGACGCCGUCAGGCGUGCAGACCGGGCGGACGCAGAUCUCGCUCGAGCCCGCGCUGGCGAAGGGUCUGGCGGCGGUCGGCACGGAGGAAGGUACCAUCGCCACACACGACCCGCUUCAGAAGCCUUCCGGGACGAUGACGAUGACAUGCUGCAGGCCAAAUCUGCGCGAGACAGCGCUGCCAGUGCUUCCGGCAUGGUGGCCCCUCCCAAGCGAAAACCCGGCUUUUCGCUGAUCAAUCCGUCUGUGCAACGGCGAACUGCUCGUGGUGUCAAGUUUGGAGCGAGUGGCGAUGACGGCGCGGACGAGUGA